AUGGUUGUUGGAGAAUCACGUUCGGAAUUAUUAAAAUGGUUAAAUUCAACAUUAGAUUUGAAUUAUUCAAAAAUUGAACAAUGUGGUACUGGUGCUGCUUUUGUUCAAUUAAUGGAUUCAAUAUAUUAUAAUGAUAAUAUUGAAUUAAAAAAAGUUAAAUUUCAACCUAAAAAUGAAUAUGAAUAUCGUCAUAACUGGAAAAUUUUACAAUCAAUUUUUAUAAAGUAUAACAUUACAAAGAAUAUUGAAGUUGAAAAAUUAAUUAAAUGUAGAUUACAAGAUAAUUUGGAAUUAUUACAAUGGUUUAAAAGAUAUUGGAUGGAAAAUAAGGAUUAUAAUAUUGUAUAUGAUGCAAAAUUAAGAAGACAAGGAAUGAAUGGUAUUAGUUCAAGUACUAAUCCAUCACCAAAUAAUACAAUAAAUCAAAAUCAGUUAACUCCAUCUACUUCAGUCAAUAAAAUGUCUCCAAUGAAUAAACCUUAUCAAUCACCAUAUGCACAAAAACCACGUCAAAAACCGUCAAUGACAAAUUUAAAAUCAACAACUAAUACUAGUACUCGAGUUUCUUCUAAUCCAUUACCAAAAUCAAGAUCAAGAGUAACUACACCUACAAAUAAUACUCCUACCACAGUACAAACUCAAAGAAGAAUAUCAUCAAAUGAAAAUCAUCAACAACCUACGAGAAAUUUACAUAGUAAUAUUCAUUCUGGUUCAUUAGACAAUUCAACUCCAAUUUCUUUAAUGACUACAAAUACAAAAGAAUAUCAAGAAUUGAACGAUAAGUAUCAAUUUUUGGAAAAGGAGUUGGAAGAAUUCAAGAUCAAUUGUAAUUCAUUACAAACUGAACGUAAUUUUUAUUUUAAUAAAUUGAGAGAUAUUGAAAUUUUAGUACAACAUAUUUUAGAAUUAAACGAUCAAGAUAAAAUGGAUCAAUUACAAGGUUUAGAUCUUGUUCAAUAUUCAAAACAAAUUCAAGAAAUUUUAUACUCUACUGAAGAAGGAUUCGGUGAUAAUAUUCAUUCUGAAGUAAAUUAUUUAAAUGAAAAUAAUGAAAAUAUCAAUACUGAUCAAUUUCAAAUGGCAAAUAAUGAUUUGGAUAUUUUGGAUAAUGAAUCAUUCUAA